AUGAAGUCCAAAGUGAGGACGUCGUGGAAGUGGUUGGUGCUUUGGUCGCUCUGGGCAGCGAGGCUGGUGCGGCAGCCGACGCCGCCGGUGCUAGUCAGCAACGGCUGGCUGCGGGGGACCGCGCCCGGUCCUGAACUGCACUUUGAAGGAGUUUUCGAGGCUGUCGAUGAGAAUGCAAGGUGCGAACAAGCAUUAUUUGACGGUGGACACUUCACAGUAGGGUUGAAAGAUUGUUUACACCUCAAUAUCUAUACCCCUCUAAACACUUUGCCUGAUGACUCGUUGCCAGUUAUGGUCUUUUUCCACGGAGGUGGGUUUUUCACGGGGUCAUCUUCGAAGGCUUUGUAUGGUCCCAAUUACUUGGUAACCAAAGGAGUUAUUCUAGUCACUGCGAACUACAGACUGAAUGUUCAGGGUUUUCUUUGUUUGGGAAUCAAAGAAGCUCCAGGGAACGCAGGACUCAAAGAUCAGGUGGCAGCUUUGAAAUGGAUCCGAAAAAAUAUUAAAGCAUUCGGCGGUGAUGUUGAUAACAUCACUAUUUUUGGUGAAAGCGCGGGUUCCGUUGCGGUGUCAUUUCAUGUCAUGUCUCCGAUGUCCAAGGGACUAUUCCAUAAGGCUAUUAUGCAGAGUGGAUCUUCUUUUGGAGGCUUCUCCUUACAGUAUGAUUCAGUUGAAGUUGCCAGUCGUAAAGCAAAGCAGCUAGGAUUAGAAUCGACAGAUCCACGUGAACUUUAUAACUUCUUGUAUACACAAUCCGAUGCCGACCUUAUUACAACAUCAGUACCAAGAGAAGAAGGCAAUAUACUCAUUUCAGAGCUAAUAUUUUUACCUUGUGUCGAGAGAAAAAUUGAUGACGUUGAGCCAUUCUUGACUGAAACACCUUACGAAUCAUUCUUCAGAGGAAAUUUCACUCAAGUUCCUAUGAUUAUUGGCCUGAACUCAGAAGAGGGGUUGUUUUUUGUAAAUGCAGAAGAGGAUCGACUCAUACCACGAACUGAUAUUGACGUCUCUUUACCGAAAAACUUAGCCUUCGCAUCUAUAAGCGAACGAAGGGAAGUAGCCAAAGAGGUUCACAAAGCUUUCUUUGGAAAUGAGAAUGUGUCGUUACAAACUCUUUACAAUUUAUCAAGAUUCAUUGGAGAUACAUUUAUGGAGUACCCAGUAACUGAAGAAACUGAUGUUAUAAUCCGCAACAGUGAUAAACCGAUUUAUAGUUAUUUAUUCGACUAUAGCGGCUGGAGAAAUGUCCCAAAACAUAUGAAUCCUAGAAAAGAAUUCCAGAAUGUCACAGGAGCCACUCACGCUGAUGAGCUGUUCUACCUGUUCUCUCAAGAACUAUUACCGUCGCUGUUCGAAAACGACAUGAUAGACAAAAUCACGACAAUGUGGACUAAUUUUGCCAAGUAUGGGGACCCUACACCGACACAAAGUGAACUGCUACCUUUUAAAUGGCCUCCUAUGACCAAAGAGGAAGACAACCGAAAAAUCCUGCAUAUACACGAAAGUCUGAAUAUCAUCCCGCAACCAAAGAAGGCAUCCUCCCCCGGUCCUGAAGUGUCGUGGAAAGGAGUUUUUGAUGCUGUCGAUGAAAAUGUAAGAUGUAUACAAGGACUAUAUAUCGGCUCGCACUUCACUAUGGGACGGGCGGACUGCUUGCGACUGAACGUCUAUACCCCUAUCGACACUUCAUCGACUAAACUUCUACCAGUCAUGGUUUAUUUCCAUGGAGGAGGAUAUUUUGCGGGCUCAUCUUCUCUGAGCCUUUACGGCCCCAACUACUUGAUAAGUAAAGGUGUUAUUCUAGUCACAAUGAACUACAGACUGAACGUUCAAGGUUUUCUCUGCUUGGGUAUUAAAGAAGCCCCCGGUAACGCAGGACUCAAAGAUCAGGUAGCAGGUUUAAAAUGGGUCCAAAAAAACAUUAAGUCAUUCGGUGGGGACCCGGACAAUGUUACCAUAUUCGGUGAAAGCGCCGGUGCUGUUUCUGUUUCGUAUCAUGUCGUUUCUCCUAUGUCUAGAGGACUAUUCCAUAAGGCUAUUACCCAAAGUGGAUCUUCUCUCACAAGCUGGGCUCUGCAAUACGACCCGAUACACGCUGCAAGUCAAAAAGCCGAAUUACUAGGUUUAAAGUCGACAGAUCCGCGUGAACUUUACGAUUUCUUAUUCGAACAAUCUGACAAGGAUCUUGUGAUAAAAAUAGUACCUAGAGAUGAAGGGAAUACAAUCAUAUCACAGCUUUUAUUUAUACCUUGUGUAGAAAAAGAAAUUGAUGGUGUAGAACCAUUUCUCAAUGAAACACCAUACGAGAUCCUAACCAGAGGUAAUUUUAACAAAGUACCCAUGAUAAUCGGUGUGAACUCAGAGGAAGGUUUGUUCUUUGCAAAUAUCGAAGAAGAUCAUUUCAUAACAAAAAUUGAUUUCAACAUGUCCCUACCUAAGAAUCUGGCUUUUCCAACUAAUGAAGAGCGUAGCGAAGUGGCCAAAGCAAUGCAUAAAUUAUACAUGGAUGAAAGAGAUGUGUCGUCUCAGAAUCUCUAUAAUUAUUCGACAUAUCUUGGCGAUAUUUUCAUGGAGUAUCCUAUAUACGAAGAAACUGAUCUGAUAGUUCAGAACAGCGACCAGCCUGUAUACAGCUACUUGUUCAACUAUGACGGCAGGAGGAACAUCCCAAAGUAUAUGUUACAUAAAACAACUUUACAGAAUGUAACUGGAGCCACACACGCUGACGACCUGUUUUACAUUUUCUCGCAACAACUUAUUCCUACGCUCUUUGAAGACGAAAUGAUCAACAAAAUGACGACGAUGUGGACUAACUUCGCUAAAUACGGGUGAGAAUUAUCUUUGGUUUACUUUAUUAUCAUUAAUGCACAGUAUCAUCAUCUUUCAUCGUAAUAACUUACUGCCUGAACGUACGAUUUUCACACGGAUGCUUGGACGGCCCCCAGAAGGCAUCAUCAUCAUCAUCAUCAUCAUCGACCCAUGCUCGUCCACUGCUGGACAUAGGUCUCCCCUAAUGCACGCUACUGCUCCCGAUUUUCUGCCACUCAUAUCCAGCCCACUCCAGCCAGCCUACGAAUGUCAUCAUCCCAUCUUGUCUCAGGGCGUCCCACACUACGUUUACCGAGUCGCGGUCUCAACUCAAGAACUUU